AAAGACGAGAGCAACAUCAACAUCAAGAUGUCAAGAAGAGUUGAAGUGAUCAUAAACUCUCCGGUCCAACUGGAACAAUCUGCAUCACCUGUGUACAUCACAGAAUCAAAGCCAGGUGACCAUCCGGGAGUGCUUGGAUUCCUGAAAAUCAACCCAGCAGUUCUGGGGUGGCUGGAGAUUCUGGCAGGUGCUGUGGCGUUUGGACUCGUGUUUUGGAAUUAUGAACGUUGGCUUUUAAUACCAGCUUGCUAUUUACUUUUGACAGGAGUAAUAACAGCCACAGCUGCAUGCACCCGCAAUGCAUGUCUGGUCGUCACCUCACAAGUUCUAAACCUGCUGAAUAUCUUCAGUGCUUUGACUGUCCUCAUGGUGUUCUUCCUCUUGUUCUAUAUAAUGUUUACUGUUCGUGUGUAUUUAACUCGUUUGCUGAGCUCGGUGGACAUUGCCUUUGUGGUCUGCAAUAUUCUGGCAGUCAUUUUGUCUGUUAUCAUCUUCUCAACAUCAUGCUGCUGGUGUAAAUCGAGAAAACGUCUCAUGAUCAUUCAAAUGAACACAAUGCCAGCUGCAGUGGCCAAUGAUACUGUGGACCAUCCAGGACCAGAACCAGUGUUAGGUGUGACAUCACCGCCAGCUUAUAGUCCAGUUCCAUCUUCAGAACCACCAGCCUAUGAAGAUGAACGACGUUCAUUGGUCACUGUACCUUCUGCUCCAGAGUGGAGAUCAAAGAGCUGGAAAGAGGAACUGCAUCGCAGCCGAAAACCCAUCCAAGUGUGAUGAAAUACAUUUACCUCUAGACAAAUACAGUUUCUAUGCUCUAAAAUAGAGCUGCAAUUCACUGUAUUUUACAAGGCUCAGUUAUCGGCUUUUUAACAUGUAAUUUAUUGAUGGAACAUCUCUGUUUGUACUAAGAGCAUCAUUUUAUGAAUGUCAUUCUUUUUUUGUACUGUCAAGCAUGGCUCGUCUACCAGUGGCGGGUAGGGCAGAGCCCCACCUAAAUAUUCAUCCACUUGAAAACAUAGAACCAUAAUAUAACCCACCUAACAGGGAACAUUCCAACAACUUUGGCUAACAUUAUUUAAAGGUUUGGAACAAAUGCUGUAAAUAAAAUGUUAAUGGAACAUCCUUAUAACAUUAUUAAUCUUAAAUAACAUUCUACUAAUGUUAAGAAAACUGGACAUUUUCAUGUUCCCACAACCACAAUGUAAUGUUUGGAAAAUGUUUUAAGAACAUAUAUCUGUUAGCUGGGAAACUGCCAAAAAUGUAAUUUGUUUGCCCGUAAAUGUGUUCAAAAUGCAGACAUGUGUAUUUAAAAGCAGGCCUAGUAUAAGUUUUUGUCUUAUUUUAGUAGCUGAAAGCUCCGUUACACAGUGAUUGAUAUAAAUAUACGAGCAUGUGGUGCAGAGAUUCUGCUGCCCUCCUGAACUCCACAGCGCCCCUCAGUUUAUCCAAUGGAAAUCUGUGGUCAGAUAUGGUACUGCAACGAGCCCUCAUUGAGACCCAUUGAGAUAAAUCUGCCCAUAAACAUAGUGCCAAACCAAAGGUAACUUUAGUAUUAGUGUGUGCCAGCAGUGUGACAGAUUGUGGCGAGCGCUAUCGAUAAAUGUGUGUAUAACAGCGUAUCGUUUCUAUUGCAAAUUCGAGACUAAUUGACCAUCAAACAACUUGGUCCUGACAAGCCAGACAUAAAAAAUAGUUUAUCAAUUGAUAAACAUUGUAUGUUUUGUAUGAUGAUAAAUUGUAUGUCAGAAAGCCUUGGCUCUUGAAACUUUCUGUAUUAAAUUUC